CAGGAGCCGUGGACCCCCCAUUCGUGCCAGGGGACAUCCUGGGGUACACAGGGAGCACUAUCACACUGACUGGCAUCCAGGCACCAUGGGCAGUCAAGGAGACUGCAGUGUCAGGGUGGCACUGAGGAUUCGUCCUCAGAGCAGUAAAGAACAAGCAGAAGGAUGUCAUAUAUGUACCUGGGUUUAUCCUGGAGAACCCCAGGUUCUUCUGGGUAAAGACAAGGCCUUCACUUAUGAUUAUGUGUUUGAUACGGACACCGAACAAGUUAACAUCUAUGACACUUGUGUACGCGGCUUGGUGGAGGGAUGCUUCCAGGGUUACAAUGCAACCGUGUUGGCAUAUGGUCAGACAGGCGCAGGGAAAACUUACACAAUGGGUAGUGGCUUUGACCUUAUGGUGGGCGAUACUGAACUUGGCAUUAUUCCCCGUGCUGUCCAACAGCUCUUCAACACAAUCCAGGAAAGAAUAUCUACAGCUCAGGAAAAUGAACGGCCUGAACCCAGCUUCAAAGUCAGUGCACAAUUUCUGGAACUCUAUAAUGAAGAGAUUUUGGAUCUUUUUGAUGUUUGCCGCGACCCUGAGUCUCGACAUAGAAAAUCCAACAUACGGAUUCAUGAAGAUGCUAGUGGAGGCAUUUAUGUCAGUGGAGCGAGCACUCGUAGUGUCAUUUCUGAGGCUGAGCUGCUACAAUUGCUAAAGGAAGGUGCCCUCUCCCGUACCACUGCCAGCACCCAAAUGAACUCUCAGAGCUCCCGCUCUCAUGCAAUAUUCUCUGUCCAUGUACACCAAACCCGAGUUUCUGAAUCCUGCCCGGUAAGUACGAAAUUUUUGUUGUCUGUUUUUGUGGCAGAUGCACCUUCUGUGGAGUAUGAAACCCUCACUGCAAAGUUUCAUUUUGUGGACUUAGCUGGCUCUGAGCGUUUAAAGAGGACAGGAGCAACUGGAGAGAGAGCAAGGGAAGGGAUCUCUAUCAAUUGUGGCCUGCUUGCACUGGGGAAUGUAAUCAGCGCUUUGGGAGAUCAGAGUAAGAAGGUUCUUCAUGUUCCAUACAGAGAUUCAAAACUAACCCGACUUCUGCAAGAUUCAUUGGGAGGUAACAGUCAGACCAUGAUGAUAGCCUGUGUCUCUCCAUCCGAUCGCGAUUUUAUGGAAACAUUAAAUACCUUAAAGUAUGCCAACCGUGCACGUAACAUCAAGAAUCGUGUGACAGCUAAUCAGGAGCAGAGUGGUCAGCAGGUUCAGGCUCUAAGGGCAGAGCUGGCUCGGCUACGCCUAGAACUGCAGGAGUACAAAACUGGCCAUCGAGUUCCUGGGUCUGAUGCAUUAAGUGAUGUGUGUGAAGAAUUGUCUAUGCUACGAAGUGAAAAUGCAUCACUGCGCCUUCGUGUGGCUGCACUACAAGAAGCCAUCAGGGCUAUAAAUGCCCGUGUCACCCGCAUGGCUGGCCAAGAAGCUGCAAGAGUUUUACAAAGGGCUGGUGACAGUGAUGAAGAGAUACAAGCACUGAUACAGAACUACAUACAUGAGAUUGAAGAACUGAGGACUCGUUUAGUGGAGAGUGAAGCUAUGAAUGAAUCUUUGCGCCGCAAUCUAUCGAGGGCAAAUGCACGCUGCAUGAAUGGGGGACCUACUGCCCCCACUCCAUCACUGGAAGCCCAGGUGAACGAUGUUGUCCGAAGAGCAAAGGAAGAAGUGCAGAUCCUAAGAAAGAAAAUGAGCCCGGAAGUUAACAACUACAAAAAGAGAGAAAAACCCCAAUUUGAAACCAGCGAAGAAACAGAUGGAAAUGAAGGAGAAGAGGAAGAUGAACAAGAAGAAAGUGAGUGUGAAGAAGAAGAGGAGGAGAGUGAGGAAAGUGGAGAGAGCGAAGCCGGAUCUGAAUCUGAGCCCGAGGAGAAAGGGACUCUUGGAGGAGAUCUGGCAGACCUAACCUGUGAGAUUGAGAUUAAACAGCGCCUCAUUGAAGAGCUGGAACAGAGUCAGCGUCGACUGCAGACGCUGAAACUUCAGUAUGAGGAAAAGCUUCAACAGCUACACAACCGCAUUCGUGACACCCAGCUGGAGAGGGACCGCGUGUUACGAGAGCUCAGCACUAUGGAAUGUUAUACAGAAGAGAAAGCUAAUAAGAUCCGUGCCGAUUAUGAGAAACGAUUGCGGGAGAUGAACAGGGACCUGCAGAAACUGCAGCUAGCUCAGAGAGAACAUGCACGACUCCUCAAGAACCAAUCGCGCUAUGAGCGCGAGUUACGUAAGCUACAGGGAGAGCUCAAUGAUAUGAAGAAAGCCAAGGCGGUACUAGUAAAGCAGAUGCGUGAGGAGCAGCAGCGAAGAAAACUUGUGGAGUCGAAGAGGAACCGGGAGAUUGCACAGCUUAAAAAGGAGCAACGUAGGCAAGAGCUUCAGAUUAGAGCACUGGAGUCACAGAAAAGGCAGCAGGGAAUAGUGUUAAGACGUAAGACUCAGGAGGUAUCUGCCCUUCGUCGUCUUUCUAGACCAGGCCAGGAUCGAUCCUCCAGUCGAAUGUCCUCCUUUCCAGAUUCUGGAGCUGAACUGUCCACAAGCACAACAUCAUCUGAGCCAGACAUGUUGUCGCGCUCUGUGUCCAGCAUUGUGCGCCAGUGGAACCGCAAAACUGUGGUGGAAACGGUGCCUGCAGCGAAUGGGAGCAGGCCUGUGAGGAGAAAAGUUGGACGCCCAGGCCUUCCACUUAGUAAAACUGCCCGCAUGAAGUGGCAGACUUUGGAAAGAAGGGUUCAUGAAGUUGUUUUACAAAGAUUGACUCUCCUCAACCUAGAGAAUGACAUGGAAAGGCUCCUGAGAAAACGUGAGGAGCUAUCACUUCUUCAGGAGGCCUUGCUGAGUCGUACAACCAUUCCCCCAGAGGCAGGUAAUGGAGAGGAUCGAGCACAGCAGGAUGUAGCAGAGGAACUGGAAGCCUUAGCAGCAAAUAUAGACUAUAUUAAUGACAGCAUUAGGGAAUGCCAAGCCACCAUUGUACAGAUGGAAGAAACCAAGGAGGACCUAGACUCAACAGAUACUUCAGUGGUCAUCAGCUCUUGUUCACUGACGGAAGCACGUCACCUGCUUGACAAUUUUUUACGUGCAUCUAUAGAUAAGGGCUUACAAGUGGCCCAAAAGGAAGCUCAGAUCAGGAUCCUGGAAGCACGGCUUAGACAGAGUGAUAUGGCUGGGUUCACACACAGUCAAAUGCUGCUGGAAAGAUCAGAGUGCCAAUCCACGCUGAAUGCUAAUUGUGUGAAUAUAAUUCUAUACAAUGAUUGUGUUACAGAGAAUGGUUAUGCCAGCACAGAUGAGGAGGUGUCAGAAAUUAGCCAAAUGUCUGAUGGAAGUGCCUCACUUUCCUUCUCAAUGAAAGGAUCAAAUAGCCAUGAUGAUUUUAAAUGGAAGGGAGAACCUCGCCUUUCAUGGCAAUUGAAGGCGGUCUCUGCAGAAUCCCUCAGCCCUUUGCUUGACGCCUCAACCAAAAAUAUCACCAAGUCUUUGGCAUCUUUGACUGAUAUUCUAGAAGAUGUUGGGGGGUUUUCACCCAGAUCGCUGCGGGGCAGAGGCUCACACAGUUUUACGCUGCCACUGCGGGGAAACACAUUUCCUAGGCAAUCCCGAGGCCCCAACACAUCUCCUUUAACACGCAGAAAAUCUUAUGACAGAGGACAGCCCAGGUGCCCAGAUUUUACACCUCCACCUUCACCACCGAUGCGCCCUCGUAAUGACAAAAAUGUGUUUUCCCGCUUGACAAGUAAUCAAAGCUUAGGGACAGGAUUGGAUAAGUCUGAUGAGAGUGACUGCUCUUUCACAGAUGUCUCCAGGGGUGUAAUCAGUCCUGUUGGAGGGUUAAAAGGUGCCAGAACAGCUCCUCUACAAUGUGUUGCUAUAGCAGAUGGCCAUACAAAGCCCGUCCUUUGUGUAGAUGCUACAGAAGAGCUUCUGUUCACAGGAUCAAAAGACCGCACUUGCAAGCUAUGGAACUUGGUCACCGGUCAAGAAAUUGGUUCCCUCCGUGGUCAUCCGCACAACGUGGUAUCUUUGAAGCACUGUCCCAACUCUGGACUUGUACUUACUGCAUCAGCUUCUUGUGUCCGGGUCUGGGAUAUUCGAGACUCAGCACGAUGUGUGCGGACGCUUAUGUCAUCAGGUCAAGUGGUGUCGGGAGACGCAUGCUCAAGUCUGGGCCUGCGUUCUGUUAGCAGUCAGGGGGAACUACAGAUUAACCAGAUUGCUCUAAAUUCUGAUGGAACCACUUUGUAUGUAGCAGCCGGGAAUGCAGUGAGAGCUUGGGAGCUGAACAGGUUUCAGCUCAUUGGGAAAUUAACGGGUCACAUGGCUCCAGUCAUGUGUUUGACAGUCAGCAACACACCGAAUGGGCGAGACCUAGUAAUCACCGGAUCCAAAGAUCAUUAUGUGAAGGUUACUCCUUUUAACCCUGCACAUAAAGGCAGUAUCCCCCCUACCUAUAACUUGGAGCCUCCACAUUAUGAUGGCAUUGAGUGCUUGGCUGUACAGGAUAAUAUCUUGUGCAGUGGUUCUCGAGACAAUGGCAUCAAGAAGUGGGACCUACAGAGGCAUGAGCUCAUACAGCAAGUCCCAAAUGCACACAGAGAUUGGGUCUGUGCUUUGGGCUUUGUGCCAGGACGUCCUAUGAUGCUCAGUGGCUGUCGCAGCGGUACUCUAAAAGUCUGGAACAUGGAAAAUUUCUCACCUAUUGGAGAAAUUAAAGGCCAUGAGAGUCCCAUCAACGCUAUGUGUGCCAACAGUCAUCACGUCUUUACCGCAUCCAGUGACUGCCGGGUCAAGCUUUGGGUCUAUGUUCCUGGUCUUACUCCAUGUCUCCCAAGACGUGUUCUGGCAAUCAAGGGCCGAGCCACUAGCCUUCCGUAACCUGUCCAUCUCUCACCUUCCUAUCUUUCCUCUUAUGCCCCUUUUAAUACCAGCGUCCCUCCACUCUGUUCAUUUAAGGUACGGGACACUCAUCUCCUUAAAAAGUGUUGUGACAAUUCAGACAGCUUGGUCUGUCUACAAUACCUCUGCUAUCUGUUACCAGAUUUAAGAAAGAAAAAUAAAAUUCAGCAAGUUCUCAUGACCUCUGACCUUACAGUGAUCUCCUGGUGAAGAUAUGGAGUGGGAGAAGACGUUUUGCCUGGACUAGGUGACCCUUAUGACCUCUGAAGCUAAACGGGGUAAAAGCAG